AUGACAGCAGCACCAGAAACAGUUCCAUUUGAUAAAUGGUUCGAAGCUCACGCAGAGAGUUUCACUUCUUAUCAAUAUCCACACGAAAUGGCACAAAUGCUUUAUGAUAAGCUCGUUCAUCAAGCAUUUGAUUGUGGAAAUUACUUCUCAAUCGAUACUUCAAUUGACCCAACACUUCUUUACACACCAGCCGAUCAAACUACUCCACUUACACCAGGCUGCAAUGUCUUCAUCACUGAUCAUUGCUUUGCUGCCAAGCCAAAAGAUAUCUACUCUGAGUGGAAGAACCAGACACAGCUCAGAGAACGUCUUGCUGCCUUCAUGGAAUACGGAGAAGCUGCUCAGGAAUUAACAUUAGAGCAAAUCCUUCAAAAAUGUGAUGGAAAGACACUCGAAAUCGAAUUCCAAGAACUCGAAUCAAUCGCUCCACUCGAAAUCGCUACUAAAUUCCCACAUCUUGAGGUUCUUUCCUUGAUCGGAAAUAACAUCUCAAAUCCAGCCGAAAUUCUUGGUCUUCUUGCUCAGCUCCCAGAUCUCAAGGCUCUCUGGAUCGGUUCCAACCCAGUUGCUGAAGCAGAAGGCAUCGACAAGUCAAUUCUCGAUCUUUGCCCUAAGCUCGAAAUUCUCAACGCCAAAUUUACAAAGAACUGGGGUGAAUGGGCCCUCCUCUACUACGCCCAUAACAAAAAUCCAGCUCUUGUUGCAAAUCUCAAGAUUUCUGGUCGUGGCAUCACAGAACUCAAACCAGAAGCCUUCAAGAACUUCAAGAACUUAUCCGUCUUAGACAUUACCAACAACGAAGUCGAUGUUUCAAAGAUCAAAGAAAUUAUCCCAUCUUUGACUUCUCUUUACUGCGACAACAAAGAACAAGCACCACAAUCCCUCCAAUUCAUCAAUGGUGCCGACGAGAAGGAGAAUGUUGUCUCAAUUCCAAUUCCAGACAGAAUUUGGGAUCAUAUCCAAGCAGUUGGCGAAUACUGGUGCCUUGGCGAUGAAAUCGCUCUCAGUAUCCAUCACUCUCUCGAGCCAAAUGUCGCCCAGAUGCCAGUUCGUUCUCCUUUGAACGGCCAAUCAUAUUUUGUCUUCUGGCCGGUCGCUGUUAUCAAUCCAUUUGAUGAGAUCAAGGCCGAUCUCUUCCCUCUUAUCCCUCUCGGCGCAGAAGUUCCAGCCGAAAGGCCUCCAUUAACUCCAAUGAAAUCUCUCAAGUCAAAAUUCCAUUCCAGCGUUAUUUCAAAGCGUCCAAUCAAAACAUACAUCGAUAUGGAUAUCUUCCGCGAGCACUUACAUUCAGACAAGUUCCAAUUAGUCGAUAUUCCAGAAGAAGCCGAUUUAAUUUGGUACACAUUCAAGAAUUUCGAUGACUGGAAGCACAUUUACGAAUCCAAGAUCCUCGUUGAUCAGAUCGAAGGCGAGGAAUGCCUUACAGCCAAAGAUUAUCUCUACGAAACAUGUACACAGUACAUGGGCCAAGUUCCAUGGCUUCCAGAGACAUUUAUAUUGACAGAGCCAGAGGAAAUUGCUCGUUUCGUCCAGAGAAACGAGGAACUCAAGAAAUCCGGACAAUCCCACGUUUGGAUUCUCAAAGCCUUCCAAACAGCACGUGCCAAUCUCAUGAUCUGCACAGAUUCAGCAUCAGAAGUCCUCAGGCACGCCUCAAUUGGCCCAAGACUUGUUCAAAGGUAUCUUUGGAAUCCAUUGAACAUUUACGGCAGAAAAUUCGAUUUGAGGUUCAUUGUUUUACUUAAAUCAGUCAAACCAAUGGAACUCUACGCCUACAAAGUCUUCUGGCCAAGACUUGCUCCAAAGGAAUGGGCACUUGAAGACUUCGAUGACUACGAGAGACAUUUCACUGUAAUGAACUACAGAGCACCAGGAAAAGUCACUCCAAAGACAUGGGUUGAUUUCGUGCAGCAGUUCGCAGUCGAGAAUCCUAAUAUUACAUGGGAAGAAGUGUUGAACAGAUGCUACAUCGCAAUGAGAGACAUGUUCAUGUGCGGCUGCCAGAAAUUGGUUGCUUCUCCUUACUCAAAAGCAAUGUACGGAAUUGAUCUGAUGAUUACGAAUGACUACCAACCAGUGAUUUUGGAGUGCAACUUCCAGCCUGACUGCCACAGAGCGUGCAACCUUUGCCCAACUUUCGUCGACGAUGUAUUCGAAGUUCUUUAUACUGAUCAGCCAGUAACUAACGACAAAGUAGUUUUCAUCCCUCUUGACUAA